UCACAUGACAUGACAUCCUUAUAUAUGCAAAUGACCUCUAAUUAAUAAUAACCUCAUUUCAUUAUUAAUCCAACCCUUUUCUUACAAAAUGAUCACCACAUAUAAAAUUUUCUUAAUUUCCCUUCUCUUUGUAAUUCCAAGCGAAGGAAAAUGUUUAUCUGGCUGCAACCUUGCACUAGCAUCCUAUUACAUAUACGAAGGAACAAAUCUAACUUACAUUAGCAAACUUUUUAAUCAACAAUACUCCGAAAUUCUAAAAUACAACCCAAGUGUAAAUAGCCCCGAUAGUAUCCAAAGCCAAACAAGAAUCAACGUGCCUUUCACGUGCGAUUGUCUCAACGGUGUUUUCUUAGGACACACUUUUUCUUACAUAGCAAAUCACGGUGACACAUACAACGCAAUUGCAAAAGUUUAUUAUUCGAAUCUUACUACUGAGGAUUGGGUGACCAAAGUCAAUAGUUGGAUACCAACGAAUUUACCCGACAGUGCUGAGAUUAAUGUUACGGUUAAUUGUUCUUGUGGAGAUAGACACGUGUCCAAGGAUUAUGGCUUGUUUUUAACGUAUCCACUUCUUCCCGGUGAUAACUUGAAAGGGAUUGCGGCGGAUUAUAGUGUUCCGGUGGAGGUGCUGCGGAGGUAUAACCCUGCUUCAGAUUUUAGUGCUGGAUAUGGACUUGUUUUUGUGCCGGCUAAAGAUGAAAAUGGAAACUUUCCACCACUGCAUUUGGGGUCAUCAGGAAUAUCAAAAGGAGCCAUUGUUGGCAUAGUUUUUGGAGGAGCUGUUGGAAUCUUAGUUUUGGCACUCAUUCUAUAUAUUGUGUUCUAUAGAAGAAAGAAAGUGGCUGAAGUAACCCUUCUACCAGUCCCAGGAGCAUUUGAAGAUCAAUCUAGUCAACUCCAACAUGGUUGUGGAAGUAGCAUAGAUAAGGCAUCAGAUUCUACAACAGUUGCUUCUCCAAGGUUGACAGGUAUUACAGUGGACAAGUCAGUAGAGUUCUCAUAUGAAGAGUUAGCCAAAGCUACUGAUGGAUUUAGCAUGGCUAAUAUAAUUGGUCGAGGUGGCUUUGGAUCUGUAUACUAUGCUGAGCUUCGAAAUGAGAAAGCUGCAAUAAAAAAGAUGGAUAUGCAAGCAUCAAAAGAGUUCUUAGCUGAACUAAAGGUUCUGACACACGUUCAUCACUUGAACUUGGUGCGGCUAAUAGGAUAUUGUGUUGAAGGAUCCUUAUUUUUGGUUUAUGAGUACAUUGAAAAUGGCAACUUAAGUCAACAUUUGCGUGGCUCAGGGAAGGAUCCAUUAUCAUGGCCAGCUAGAGUUCAAAUUGCCUUAGACUCAGCAAGAGGACUUGAAUACAUUCACGAGCAUACAGUUCCUGUCUACAUUCAUAGAGAUGUUAAAUCAGCAAACAUUUUGAUAGAUAAAAACUUUCGUGGAAAGGUUGCAGAUUUUGGUCUUACAAAAUUGACUGAAUAUGGUAGUUCGUCGUUACAAACGCGCCUUGUGGGAACAUUUGGCUAUAUGCCCCCUGAAUAUGCACAGUAUGGUGAAGUUUCUCCAAAAAUAGAUGUAUAUGCUUUUGGAGUUGUUCUGUUUGAGCUUAUAUCUGGCAAGGAUGCUAUUGUCAAGACAAAGGAGCCUGAGAAUGAAUCAAAAGGACUAGUUGCACUGUUUGAAGAAGUUUUUGGUCUUUCAGAACCAAAAGAAGAUCUUGGUAAACUUGUUGACCCUAGGCUUGGUGAAAAUUACCCUCUUGACUCAGUAUUUAAGAUGUCACAGCUUGCCAAAGCUUGUACACAUGAAAAUCCUCAACUUAGGCCAAGCAUGAGAUCAAUAGUAGUUGCCUUAAUGACACUUUCAUCUGCAGCUGAGGAUUGGGAUGUUGGCUCCUUCUAUGAAAACCAAGCAUUAGUGCAUCUAAUGUCAGGAAGAUAACUAGCUUGUAGGGUGAAUGAUUGAGUGAGUCAUAUGUGAACAUAGAAUCCCAAUUUUCUGAGCUCUAGAACUCAUGAAUCUUUCAUGUUUCAACUGUGAAUUUUGUAAAUAAAAACAAUCGUACCGAAAAAAAGAUAAAUGACUUAUUUAAACUCUAACUUCAGUUAAAGUAAUCUUGGCAUAAUUUUGCACA